CACCAAGCAUGGCGCCCACCCGGGGCCCUGCCGUGGUGUCUGUGGUUGGUCCCGUGGGCUUCCUCAUGGUUCUGCUGGUUGGAGGCAGCAUGGCAGAAGAGCCCCCCAGGUUCAUCAAAGAGCCCAAAGACCAGAUUGGCGUCUCGGGGGGUGUGGCCUCCUUCGUGUGCCAGGCCACGGGCGACCCCAAGCCACGUGUGACCUGGAACAAGAAGGGCAAGAAGGUCAACUCGCAGCGCUUUGAGACGAUCGAGUUUGAUGAGAGCGCAGGCGCCGUGCUGAGAAUCCAGCCACUGCGGACCCCCCGGGAUGAGAACGUGUACGAGUGUGUGGCCCAGAACUCAGUCGGGGAGAUCACCGUCCACGCCAAGCUCACUGUCCUCCGAGAGGACCAGCUGCCUCCCGGCUUCCCCAACAUCGACAUGGGCCCCCAGCUGAAAGUAGUGGAGCGGACACGGACGGCCACCAUGCUCUGUGCCGCCAGCGGUAACCCCGACCCUGAGAUCACCUGGUUCAAGGACUUCCUGCCUGUGGACCCCAGUGCCAGCAACGGGCGCAUCAAACAGCUGCGCUCAGGAGCCCUGCAGAUCGAGAGCAGCGAGGAGACUGACCAGGGCAAGUACGAGUGCGUGGCCACCAACAGCGCCGGCGUGCGCUACUCCUCACCUGCCAACCUCUACGUGAGAGUGCGCCGCGUGGCCCCCCGCUUCUCCAUCUUACCCAUGAGUCACGAGAUCAUGCCGGGCGGGAACGUGAACAUCACCUGCGUGGCCGUGGGCUCGCCCAUGCCCUACGUCAAGUGGAUGCAGGGGGCUGAGGACCUGACGCCCGAAGACGACAUGCCCGUGGGCCGGAACGUCCUGGAGCUCACGGACGUCAAGGACUCGGCCAACUACACGUGCGUGGCCAUGUCCAGCCUGGGCGUCAUCGAGGCAGUGGCGCAAAUCACCGUGAAAUCUCUCCCCAAAGCCCCCGGGACCCCCGUGGUGACCGAGAACACAGCCACCAGCAUCACCAUCACGUGGGACUCGGGCAACCCAGACCCAGUGUCGUACUACGUCAUCGAGUACAAGUCCAAGAGCCAGGACGGGCCCUACCAGAUUAAGGAGGACAUCACCACCACACGCUACAGCAUCGGUGGCCUGAGCCCCAACUCCGAGUACGAGAUCUGGGUGUCUGCCGUCAACUCUAUCGGCCAGGGCCCGCCCAGCGAGUCGGUGGUGACCCGCACGGGCGAGCAGGCGCCGGCCAGCGCCCCCCGCAACGUGCAGGCCCGCAUGCUGAGCGCCACCACCAUGAUCAUCCAGUGGGAGGAGCCUGUGGAGCCCAACGGCCUCAUCCGGGGCUACCGCGUCUACUACACCAUGGAGCCCGAGCACCCCGUGGGCAACUGGCAGAAGCACAACGUGGACGACAGCCUGCUGACCACCGUGGGCAGCCUGCUGGAGGACGAGACCUACACCGUGCGGGUGCUGGCCUUCACCUCGGUGGGCGACGGGCCCCUCUCGGACCCCAUCCAGGUCAAGACGCAGCAGGGAGUGCCUGGCCAGCCCAUGAACUUCCGGGCUGAGGCCAAGUCUGAGACCAGUAUUGGGCUCUCAUGGAGCCCCCCGCGGCAGGAGAGCAUCAUCAAAUACGAGCUUCUCUUCCGAGAGGGCGACCAUGGCAGAGAGGUCGGGAGGACCUUUGACCCAACGACUGUGUUCGUGGUGGAGGACCUGAAGCCGCACACGGAGUAUGCCUUCCGCCUGGCCGCACGCUCGCUGCAGGGCCUGGGCGCCUUCACGUCAGUGGUGCGGCAGCGCACCUUGCAGUCCAAACCGUCAGCCCCCCCUCAAGAUGUUAAAUGUGUCAGCACGCGCUCCACGGCCAUUUUGGUAAGUUGGCGCCCGCCGCCGCCGGAAACGCACAACGGGGCCCUGGUGGGCUACAGCGUCCGCUACCGACCGCUGGGCUCGGAGGACCCGCAACCCAAGGAGGUGAACGGCAUCCCCCCGACCGCCACCCAGAUCCUGCUGGAGGCGCUGGAGAAGUGGACCGAGUACCGCAUCACCACCGUGGCGCACACAGAGGUGGGACCAGGGCCCGAGAGCUCGCCCGUGGUCGUCCGCACCGACGAGGACGUGCCCAGCGCGCCUCCGCGGAAGGUGGAGGUGGAGGCGCUCAACGCCACGGCCAUCCGCGUGCUGUGGCGCUCGCCCGCGCCCGGCCGGCAGCACGGCCAGAUCCGCGGCUACCAAGUCCACUAUGUGCGCAUGGAGGGCGCCGAGGCUCGCGGGCCACCGCGCAUCAAGGACGUCAUGCUGGCCGAUGCCCAGGAGAUGGUCAUCACAAACCUGCAGCCUGAGACUGCAUACUCCAUCACGGUAGCCGCCUACACCAUGAAGGGCGACGGCGCUCGCAGCAAACCCAAGGUGGUCGUGACCAAGGGAGCAGUGCUGGGCCGCCCCACCCUGUCGGUGCAGCAGACCCCCGAGGGCAGCCUGCUGGCGCGCUGGAAGCCCCCAGCCAGUACCGCCGAGGACCAGGUCCUGGGCUACCGCCUGCAGUUCGGCCGCGAGGACUCGACCCUGGCCACCCUGGAGUUCCCGCCCUCCGAGGACCAGUACACGGCGCCGGGCGUGCACAAGGGGGCCACGUACGUGUUCCGGCUGGCAGCCCGCAGCCGCGGGGGCCUGGGCGAGGAGGCGGCCCAGGUCCUGAACAUCCCCGAGGACGCGCCCCGCGGCCACCCCCAGAUCCUCGAGGCGGCCGGCAAUGCCACGGCCGGCACCGUACUGCUCCGCUGGCUGCCACCCGUGCCCGCCGAGCGCAACGGGGCCAUUGUCAAGUACACGGUGGCCGUGCGGGAGGCCGGCGCCCUGGGCCCCGCCCGAGAGACCGAGCUGCCCGCCGCGCCCGAGCCGGGCGCCGAGAACGCACUCACGCUCCAGGGCCUCAAGCCCGACACGGCCUACGACCUCCAAGUCCGAGCCCACACGCGCCGGGGCCCCGGCCCCUACAGCCCCCCCGUCCGCUACCGGGCGUUCCUGCGGGACCAAGUCUCGCCCAAGAACUUCAAGGUGAAGAUGAUCAUGAAGACGUCGGUGCUGCUCAGCUGGGAGUUCCCGGACAACUAUAACUCACCCACACCCUACAAGAUCCAGUACAAUGGGCUCACUCUGGACGUGGAUGGACGCACCACCAAGAAGCUCAUCACGCACCUCAAGCCCCACACCUUCUACAACUUCGUGCUGACGAACCGUGGCAGCAGCCUGGGCGGCCUCCAGCAGACCGUCACCGCUUGGACCGCCUUCAACAUGCUAAGCACCAAACCCAGUGUGGCCCCCAAGCCCGACUCCGAUGGCUUCAUCAUGGUGUACCUGCCCGACGGCCAGAGCCCCGUGCCCAUCCAGAACUACUUCAUCGUGAUGGUGCCCCUGCGCAAGUCUCGUGGGGGCCAGUUCCUGAGCCCGCUGGGCAGCCCGGAGGAGAUGGACCUGGAGGAGCUGAUCCAGGACAUCUCCCGGCUGCAGAGGCGCAGCCUGCGGCACUCGCGCCAGCUGGAGGUGCCCCGGCCCUACAUCGCCGCCCGCUUCUCCAUGCUGCCUCACACCUUCAAUCCCGGUGACCAGAAGCAGUACGGCGGCUUCGACAACCGGGUCCUGGAGCCGGGCCACCGAUACGUGCUCUUUGUGCUGGCCGUACUGCAGAAGAGCGAGCCCACAUUCGCGGCCAGCCCGUUCUCAGACCCCUUCCAGUUGGAUAACCCGGACCCCCAGCCGAUCAUCGAUGGUGAGGAGGGGCUCAUCUGGGUCAUCGGGCCGGUGCUGGCCGUGGUCUUCAUCAUCUGCAUUGUCAUCGCCAUCCUGCUGUACAAGAAUAAACCUGACAGUAAACGCAAGGACUCGGAGCCUCGUACCAAAUGCCUCCUGAACAACGCUGACCUGGCCCCCCAUCACCCCAAGGACCCCGUGGAGAUGAGACGCAUUAACUUCCAGACACCAGGUAUGCUCAGCCACCCGCCGAUCCCCAUCACGGACAUGGCGGAGCACACGGAGCGCCUCAAAGCCAACGACAGCCUCAAACUCUCUCAGGAGUACGAGUCCAUCGACCCCGGGCAGCAGUUCACGUGGGAACACUCCAACCUGGAAGUAAACAAGCCCAAGAAUCGCUACGCCAACGUCAUUGCCUAUGACCACUCCCGUGUCAUCCUCCAACCCAUCGAAGGCAUCGUGGGCAGUGAUUACAUCAACGCCAACUACGUGGAUGGUUACCGGCGGCAGAACGCCUACAUCGCCACUCAGGGUCCGCUGCCCGAGACCUUCGGCGACUUCUGGCGUAUGGUGUGGGAACAGCGCUCGGCCACCAUCGUCAUGAUGACACGGCUGGAGGAGAAGUCACGGAUCAAAUGUGACCAGUACUGGCCCAAUAGGGGCACGGAGACCUACGGCUUCAUCCAGGUCACACUGCUGGACACAAUCGAGCUGGCCACGUUCUGCGUGAGGACCUUCUCACUGCACAAGAACGGUUCCAGUGAGAAGCGUGAAGUCCGCCAGUUCCAGUUCACAGCGUGGCCAGACCACGGGGUGCCCGAGUACCCCACACCCUUCCUGGCAUUCCUGCGGAGGGUCAAGACUUGCAACCCCCCAGACGCGGGCCCCAUCGUGGUGCACUGCAGCGCCGGUGUGGGCCGCACAGGCUGCUUCAUCGUCAUCGACGCCAUGCUGGAGCGCAUCAAGCCAGAGAAGACGGUAGACGUGUACGGCCACGUCACACUCAUGCGGUCCCAGCGCAACUACAUGGUGCAGACGGAGGACCAGUACAGCUUCAUCCACGAGGCCCUGCUCGAGGCCGUGGGCUGCGGCAACACCGAGGUGCCCGCCCGCAGCCUGUACGCCUACAUCCAGAAGCUGGCGCAGGUGGAGCCCGGCGAGCACGUGACGGGCAUGGAGCUGGAGUUCAAGCGGCUGGCCAACUCCAAGGCCCACACAUCCCGUUUCAUCAGUGCCAACCUGCCUUGUAACAAGUUCAAGAACCGCCUGGUGAACAUCAUGCCCUACGAGAGCACGCGGGUGUGUCUGCAGCCCAUUCGCGGCGUGGAGGGCUCCGACUACAUCAACGCCAGCUCCAUCGACGGCUACAGGCAGCAGAAGGCCUACAUCGCCACCCAGGGGCCACUGGCGGAGACCACGGAGGACUUCUGGCGGAUGCUGUGGGAGAACAACUCCACCAUCGUGGUGAUGCUCACCAAGCUGCGCGAGAUGGGCCGGGAGAAGUGUCAUCAGUACUGGCCAGCCGAACGUUCCGCCCGUUACCAGUACUUUGUAGUGGACCCCAUGGCGGAGUACAACAUGCCUCAGUAUAUCCUGCGGGAGUUCAAGGUCACAGACGCCCGGGACGGCCAGUCCCGGACCGUCCGGCAGUUCCAGUUCACGGACUGGCCGGAGCAGGGUGUGCCAAAGUCGGGGGAGGGCUUCAUCGACUUCAUCGGCCAAGUGCAUAAGACCAAGGAGCAGUUCGGCCAGGACGGUCCCAUCUCUGUCCACUGCAGCGCCGGCGUGGGCAGGACGGGCGUCUUCAUCACGCUCAGCAUCGUCCUGGAGCGGAUGCGGUACGAGGGCGUGGUGGACAUCUUCCAGACCGUGAAGAUGCUGCGGACCCAGCGGCCGGCCAUGGUGCAGACGGAGGACGAGUACCAGUUCUGCUACCAGGCCGCCCUCGAGUACCUGGGGAGCUUCGACCACUAUGCAACCUAAAGCCAUGGCCCUC